AUUCUGGGAAUCCGAGUCCCUAGGCUUUAACGACCGCCCUUUUCAGAGCAACGAGAGUACAACAGUGGUACAUGCAUCGAGGGAAAUAUCAUCGCAAAACAACUUUCUGAAUCAGCGUAGCCAAACUCGAGAAAAGGAUACGGUGUAUCAUGGCGGCUGAGGUGGAGGGUGAGGUGGAUGGAUGCAAUGAGUACCCAGCGCAUUACAAAGUCAUGAUGGAUAAAUUAAAUGAACAACGACAGCUGGACCAGUUCACAGACAUUACCUUGAUUGUGGACGGACACCAGUUCAGAGCCCAUAAAGCAGUAUUGGCAGCAUGCAGUCAGUUUUUCCACAAGUUCUUCCAGGAUUUUACCCAGGAGCCACUUGUGGAGAUCGAAGGAGUGAGUAACACAGCCUUUCGCCAGCUGAUGGAGUUCACAUACACAGCAACACUGUCUGUAGCUGGAGAGGAAGACGCCUAUGAUGUGUGGAAGGCUGCUGAAUACCUCCAGAUGCAGGAAGCCAUUAAAGCACUCACAAACACGACAAAUGAUGCUCCUUCGCCUUCAGCCCGGGGCAAAGGUAAAAAGAGGAAGAUUGCAGAGACAUCAAAUGUGAUAACAGAAACUCUACCGUCAGCGGAAGGGGAACAGGUGGAGAUAGAGGUGAUAGGAGAAGGAGCCAUUGAGGUGGAGGAAGCUGGACUGGAGGAGGUGGUGGAUGCCGCAAAGAAUGCACAGGCAUCAGAUGACUCUGCACUGGCUCUUCUCGCUGACAUAACCAGCAAGUAUCAACAAGGGGAACCUACCCUACAGCUCGUUAAAAAAGAAGAAGAACUAGAAGAGGAGGUGGUUUAUCAGGAGGAAACAGUGACUGCUUCCAAAGUGUUGGAAAAUGUCGAGGUCGUAGAGGUCCAGAUUUCCCAAUUGGACAACGUGUUCCGCUGCAAUAAGUGCGACCGUAGCUUCAAGUUGUACUACCACCUAAGGCAGCACUUGAAAACACACAUGGGGUUACUGGAGAAACCCCAUGUGUGCAACCACUGCGGUAAAGCCUACACGCGGGAGGGCGCCUUGAAGCAACACAUCAGCACGUUUCAUUUUGAUGCAGAGGAGCUUUCUCGAAGCCAAAAACCACAGAAAAAAGUGCACGUUUGUGAAUACUGUAAAAAGCACUUCGACCACUUUGGCCACUUUAAGGAGCAUUUGCGGAAGCACACUGGUGAAAAGCCUUAUGAGUGUCCAGAUUGCCAUGAGCGAUUUGCAAGGAACAGCACAUUGAAGUGCCAUAUGGCAGCCUGUCAGAACGGGGCUGGAGCCAAGAAGGGACGCAAGAAACUCUAUGAGUGCCAGGUCUGCAGCAGUGUAUUUAACAGCUGGGACCAGUUCAAAGACCAUCUUGUGAGCCACACAGGAGACAAGCCCAACCACUGCACGAUGUGUGACAUGUGGUUCACUCAUCCAAAAGACCUAAAGGCACACCUCAAACAAGUCCAUUCCAUUGAGGACGACAAGUCAACAGAAGAACUGGUCAUAUCCGACUCUGCAGCCACAACAGCCAUCGCCAUCGCAACACAGAGCAUAGACGGAUCCGAAACUGUGCUGCUGGAGGACGGAAUCCAGGUGGAACACGUCACCAUGGAGCCGGUGGAUGUGAUGGAGAUGGAGGAGACCACAACAGUUGUAAUGGAAGACGGAGGGGUUACAGAGAUGUGUGAGGAGGACGUUGAGAGACUAAAGCAGGCUGGGGUGCAGAUCCAGGUGGUGCAUGUGACGACCACAGAAGUUGACGGGCAGCAGGAGUUGAACCCUCAGGUGGAAGUUGAGGUGGAGGGAGAAAUGGUGCACACUGAGGAGGCAGUGCAAGCAGUGGUUGUAUGAGAAUGAGACAAACACUGACUCAGACUUUUAAAGUCCUGUAGCUGACAUUUUUGUGAAGAAGACUGCAUGUGGGAUAAAGCAUGUCACCUCAACACAUCCUUCUGUCUGCCAUCACAUUGAAUGAAUUGUUUUCCACCAUCAUAACUCUUUGAAACCUGAGUUACAGAGCUUUGGAAAUAUGUAAUUUCCUACUGAUAAUCCUGUAUUUAUUAUGAGCUGUUUGCCAUCAUAUCACAUGUUCUUGGUGACUCUACACUGGUUCACCAAUCAAACUUCAUGUCUUUUCUUUUGUCUGUGUCAUUUUACCUCUAAUUUAUAUUUUCCUUUAGUUCUGGUCACCUACCCAGACAAUUUAACAAUAGAUGUUAUGUUUUGUUGCAGCUCAUUGAACAGCUGAUGUGUGAAUAUUCCCUUGAGAAAAUGCUCCAUGCAUUUUUAUUCAAGCUGAUUUGAACAUUGUUUUUUUUGUAAGAAAGACUCAGAUGCAGAAUAAAAUAAUUUUUACAGAA